AAAACUUCUUGCAGCAAUUCGGAACGCGCGGCGGCGGGAAGAGACUCGUCGGCCUAUUGCUCUCGCGAACGAGCGAGGGAAGGGCCGGCGGCAAAGCGGGAGAAACCGAGAGAAGGAACCCGCGAGGGAGCUGAGGAGAGGAGCAGAGGAAGAGAAAGAGAGAGAGAGAGAGAGAUCGGAGUGGUGCGCCAUCGGCGGUCGGCGACCGCCGAAAGUGUUUCAUUGUCGAGGGAGCCGGUAAGAACCGCCAAAGCGGACCGUGUGUGUGCGUCGUCGUCAGGUAUAUCGCCGUGUUAUUAUGCGUCGACUUGGCAUGAAGAACAAGCGUAAAAAGUCGGAAACGGCGAGCGACAGCGAGCCGGAAGAAAAUGUCGGCGCACGCGCAGCCGGCGGCGACGACGCUGGCAACGGUGAAACGCAGGCCGGCAGAAGCAGCAACAGCAGCAGCAGCAACGCGGGACACAAGUCCGGCACGAAGAGACGCUCGUCGCGCGGUGCAUCGGUGCAGAAGCCGGCCGCGCAUAACGCGGACGACGACGCCGAGACCGCGUCGGACAUCGCGGCGGUAGAGGCGGCGGGAGAACAAAACGGAGAGAAGGCACAGAAAUCAUCUCCGAACAAGCGCAGAAAGAAGGAGGAUCGAGCGUCCACGUCCGCCCGCGACAAGUCCGAGCCCGAGCCCGAAGAUGAGUACGAGGUAGAAAAACUGAUCAAUCUUCGUACCAUUAAAGGCCGUCGACAGUUUUUAGUAAGGUGGAAGGGUUAUGGAGAAGCUUCUGAUUCUUGGGAAAAUGAAAAGGAUCUAAACUGUCCUCGGUUGAUAGAAGAAUAUUUAAUCGAAGAAAAAGACAGGGAGAUGGAGAUGAGUAAGCCUAAAACAGAAUCUAAAUCUAAAAAGCCUAAAAGUAAUUCCAAAAAACAUGUGGAUAAUGACGAGCAAAAUAGUAAGGAUGAUAAAGAGGGCUCAAAGGAAUUUGAGGUUGAGAGAAUAAUUGAGGUACGCUUUAAAAAGAAUGGAACAAAGGAAUUCUUAAUUAGAUGGAAAGGAUUCAGUGCAACCGACGACACGUGGGAACCAGAGAGAAAUCUGAGCUGUCCAGAACUUAUCGCUAAGUUUAUGCAAAAGGUAGAAAAAGCAAAGACAUCUGAGAUGCGGGAACUCAGAACAAAUCGUGCACAUACUAAACGAUAUACUUUGACAACACGUGAUCAUGGAAGAAGAUUAUCCAAACGUAACAGAGACAAGCAGAGAGCGACUUAUCAUGAAUGCGAUGAAUAAAGAAUUGCAGUCCCAAUAUUUUUAUUCAAAGAAUUUAUAUAUACAUAUAUACAAAUAUAUAUAUAUAUAAAUAUAUAUAUAUAUUAUAUAAGUCUGUAGUUCUACAAAGAUGAAAGGCGAGACAGAAACAAAAAGAAAUAUAUCAAAAUCUGAAUAAUUUGCUAUUAUAUUAGAAGUAUGCAAUAUAUGCAAAUCCUCUUUUCGAGGAAAUAAAGAUUAUGUGAAUAAGAUAGGAGUGAGCACAUAUAUGAUAAAUACACAUAUAUGUAUGUAUUUAUUAAUCCAGAAAGAUGAAAAAAUUUCCAGAAUAUUUAUAUUACUGAACGCGAAUGUAUGACGCAGUAAAAGAACUGAAUUUAAAUGUGUAAUGUGAAAAAAGUUAUUUCUCGGCUUUUACGUCAUAUUGGCUACGAAGCCAAUCGCGAAGUAAAAAUCAGAACGAAAGAAUGAAGAGUAGCUGUGUUUAUUAAAAUUAUAUCUGAAGUAUAGACAAGCGGGUCACAACGUUUUCUCCUGUGUGCAUGCGUUUAAACACUUGCACAAAGUGCACAUUACAAGUUGUCACGGUCGGGUAAUGUAUUUAUUUUGCAUUGCGAUGAAGACGUGUUACAAAUAUGAAGUUGACAAAACUUUUAGAUUUGAAAUCUAUCUUAUUCAUUUUACUAUACUUUACAUUAUUAAUUUUACUGUAUUAAGAAUGUAAAAUACAGCUUUAUCUUCUAUAGAUAUUCAGAUUUUUUUUUUAAAGAUAACGAUUUUGGGAACACGUUCUAGAGGAGACAAAUGGGGAAGAUACAAAUUUGUCAAAAUACAAUAUGAAGUCUUAGCUCUAACAUAAGCAAAUUAAAAGAAAAACACUUGUG